AUCAGUCAAUUAAUGAGUUUUUUUUAAGGGUUAACACUGUCAAUUUAUUUUUUUCGUAUUUUUAGUAAUUUGAUAUUCUCUAUGUUUUUUCAAAGAGAUAAAUACAUUAUACACAUUGUGUUUUAUUGUUAUUCUUAUGUAGCACCAGACAUUUACAUUUUAGUUAUAUAUAGAUUGUUUUAGACUCUGCUACUCUAAAAUGUCAAUAAUCACAAGAGUUGCUUUGCGCAAAUCGUUCGGGGUUUGCAACCCAAUGAACCCUGCAUGUUCCCAAAUCUAUAAUUCUGCAUUAAAGUCAACUGGUUCAGCACAGCAGCAGAUGGACGAGUUUUGGGCGAAAAACAAGGAAACAAACCGACCCAUGUCGCCCCAUCUUACAAUCUACAAACCACAGUUGACGUCCAUGCUGUCAAUCACCCACAGAGCUACAGGAAUGAUGUUAGCAGGUGCAACUUGUGCUUUUGCUGCGGCUACAGUCAUUCCAGGGGCAGCAGAAUGUGCGUUGCAAACAGCAAACUACCUUCAUGGAUCCAUGCUGGGCUCUCUUGUUUUAUUUGACAUUAAAAUGUGCCUCGCAUGGCCCCUGACAUUCCACAUUUGCAAUGGAGUUCGACAUUUAAUGUGGGACAAUGCAUCAGGCUUGUCAUUGAACAGUGUAUAUACAACUGGCUGGGCUGUUCUAUUGAGUAGCCUUGUCCUUUCUGCGUUAUUUACAUUGUUAAUGCAAUAAUCUAACUUUCAAUCUAUUAAAAGUUCCAUUCGUCUUUUCAAGGCUUUCAAUGUUAAAUUAUUGAAACUGUACGAAUAAUAAUAUCACCAGUUUCAUUUACUUAAUGUGGAAAAUACUGUGUUUGCCAAAUUAUCACUAGAGUUUUGUUUGUACAGAAAUAAUUCAAACGUUAAAUAAACAUAUUUAAACAAAGUUUUGUAUUGUGUGAAAUAAA